AUGGUUUGUAGGGCUACCGCCUCCGCACUCCAUGCGCCAGUGCCCGCCUCCCCCGCACCAGGGCAUAUUCAUGCACCUCGCUGCCGCCCAUCACCAAGUGCCACCUGCACGUGUUUGUUCCCCGCUCCCCAUUCUGUGGGCCCCACCCCUUCAUGCCCUCCCUCCCCUCUUCACCUCCCACCCCCUUUUUUCCCUGUUCCGGACCCCCUUCCCCCUUCCCUCGCCCUCAGGUUUUUUUCAGACGAGUCCAUUUUCCAGCCCUCGUCUUCAAUAGGCAAGCUCUAUCUGGGCCUCAGCCUGGGCGUGCUGCUGGGCGUGCUCUGCUGUGUGGGCACGCAUGUCUUUGGUCGCAUCGUUGUGGCUCUUGACUGCUUCCAACCCCCGGCCUCCUCGCUCUUCGUCUCCGCAAUCGAGGUGAGCCGUGGGCUGCGCAUCACUCUAGUUGGGAGGUACCACUCUGCAAUGAGCGAGGAGGACAUUCACCACCCGCCCGGGUUGCUCCAUUCAGCAGGUUCAGCCUCUCUCUCUCAUGAGCUGGAUGAGCUGGAUGAUCUGGAUCUUUCGGAAAGCAUUCUCAGCUGCUUCUGCCCGUCGCUAGUGGAUAGCCCUUUCCUGGCGAAGAAGCACCCUGAGAGGUCACCUGAGAGGUCACCUGAUCGCUAUUGCAAGGCGGAUGUGUGCCGUUUGAGUAGUCUGGGCCGAGCUGUAGCAGCAGGGGCGGAGGAUGUUGAGCCGCUUUCCCUGCUCCAGCAGGCAGAACAGUGCGAGGUGCAGUGCGAGGCACGAGGCGAGGCACGGGCAGAGGCACGGGCAGGGCUACAGACAGAGGCACAGGCAGCGGCAGAGGUAGAUGCAGACGCAGAGGCAGAUGCAGGAGGACAGGCACGACUACAGAAUUCACAGGCUCUGCUUGUCGAUGCCUCACAAGCACAGCCAUUUUUGCAGUCACAAGAGGGUAAUGGGCUGACUGUGCCUGGAGGGCAGGCCUUGUUUCAAGAGCAGCCUGUGGGUAAUCAGCAAGUAAGUUGUUUGAGUCCAGCUGGGUGCUGUGAGGCAUCGGGCAUGAAGGGCGAUGGAGGUGGUGCUGUCACAGCAGCAGCAUGUUUGGCAGCAGGUCCGGGAGUAGGUCCGGCAGCAGGUCUGGCACCAGGUCUGGCAGCAUCUCCAGCAGUGGCUCCUCCAGGUUCAGAGGGUUUGGUUCAAAGGGACGAGCAAGCGGCAUCAGUGCCACCACUACCACUCACACCUGCAGCAGCAGAUCGGCCAUUAGUCUUGGGAUCAUUGUCAGCAUCAUCCUCAGCGUCAUUGUCCUCAGCAGCCGUAUCAGCACCCUUGGCUCCUUUGUCAGUAGAAGCUGGGGCUUCAGGGUCGGAAUUGUCAUCACUGCGAGCAGUAACCGCGCCUGCUGCGCAACCACACCACCAACGCCCGAAGACUCUUUCGCCCCGGAGUCGACGGUAUCCGUCGCCCACUUUCCUACUCCAGGCUCGCGCGCAAGCCUUGUGUUACAUUGCGAUAACGUGCGCAGUUGUUGGGCUCCUGGGUAUUCUUCACGAUACUGGAUUAGUGCCGUUUCUAGAUCCUUCUGGCGCGCCUGUGUUUUUGCAAGGGAUUAAUUCCUUGCUCCAGCAAGGUGGUUUGCCCUACGCCUCUGCAGCAGCCUUUGAUGGCUCCUCCAGUGCUGACCGCUCUUCGGUAUACCGUGACCACCGGCUUUUCAUCAUGGCGAUCCCGCGCACCACGUCCGCCUCUCUCCUCGAAUGCACCAGCGCGCACCAGGUACUCUUCCAACAUGGCAAUUCCCAAGCCCCUCCCAACACUCACCAUCUAGCAUGGCGAUCCCGCGCACCACGUCCGCCUCUCUCCUCGAGUGCACCAGCGCGCACUCCUGAGCCGACAAAAGGACGCACGGUCCCAAUCAGUACCCCCACAAGUAUUAAGACGUUCCCAAAGCUCACCAUCAAGCAUGGCGAUCCCGCGCACCACGUCCGCCUCUCUCCUCGAGUGCACCAGCGCACCGAGGAGUCUACGCUCCAUCUGGUGCUUCGGCUUCGUGGCGGCAUGCAGAUUUUUGUGAAGACGCUUACCGGAAAGACCAUCACCUUGGAGGUCGAGAGCAGCGAUACGAUUGACAACGUUAAGUCAAAAAUUCAGGAUAAGGAGGGGAUCCCCCCUGACCAGCAGCGUCUGAUUUUCGCCGGCAAGCAGCUGGAGGAUGGUCGCACGCUCGCCGACUACAACAUCCAGAAGGAGUCGACCCUGCAUCUGGUGCUCCGUCUUCGCGGUGGCAUGCAGAUCUUUGUUAAAACCCUUACCGGCAAGACGAUUACUCUGGAGGUUGAGAGCAGCGACACCAUCGACAACGUCAAGGCCAAGAUUCAGGACAAGGAGGGCAUCCCGCCCGACCAGCAACGUCUGAUUUUCGCCGGCAAGCAGCUGGAGGAUGGUCGCGCGCUCGCUGACUACAACAUCCAGAAGGAGUCGACGCUCCACCUGGUGCUUCGCCUCCGUGGUGGUAUGCAGAUUUUCGUCAAGACCCUCACGGGGAAGACCAUCACGCUGGAGGUUGAGAGCAGCGACACCAUUGACAACGUCAAGGCUAAGAUUCAGGACAAGGAGGGUAUUCCCCCUGACCAGCAGCGUCUGAUUUUUGCUGGCAAGCAGCUGGAGGAUGGUCGCACCUUGGCCGAUUACAACAUUCAGAAGGAGUCUACUCUCCAUCUGGUGCUUCGCCUCCGUGGUGGUCAGUGA